AUGCCGUCGCUGAGAAGACAGCAGCUUACGCAGGUCACUGUAGAAAUUGCUAAAAGAAAUGUGAUAGCACGGAGUAGCCUCCAGAAUGGGAGAGCUAGCGUGGUCUCUGAUUUCAAAGAAGAAGUCCCACGAAGAAGCUUUCUCACUAUUCUGCUCAUUGUUCGUCGUAGUGGAAAGCCACGUGCCACAACACGAAGACGAAACUUAAUUCUUGUCACCGUCGAGAACGACGUUUCUGUUGCUGACAUCCUUGGUUCCCUCUGUCGGAAGGACUCUCCUCAAAGUUCGUCAAGCUGCAACGGGGGCAUUACCGGUGAUAAUUCGAGUUAGUAGCAGUGAAAUCUUGUU